AUGGUUCGCGCAGCUCUCCCUCUCCUGGCACUCCCAGCCUUGUCCCUGGCCUCAAGCCAGCAGCAGCCAUUGUACUCGGAGUAUUCCUUCAACCCACUCGAGCAUCUAGCAGGCAUCGCACCGUACUUCGAGCCUAGCGAUCCACCGCGGGAUCCGAAUCCUCCCCAAGGCUGCGAAGUCACUCGCGCAGCAUAUCUCGUCCGCCAUGCCGCCAUCAACGCCAACGACUUCGACUACGAGUCGUACCUCGAGCCAUUCACAGAUAAGCUCAAGAACACGACGGUAGACUGGAGCAAGAUCCCCGACCUCUCCUUUCUAUCAAAAUGGUCACCGCCAGAGCUCAAGGAACAGGAACGCGUGACACGAAGCGGCAAGCUGGAGGCAUCGCAGCUCGGCGUGCAGAUGAGCUUCAGGUAUCCCAAGCUUAACCUUCCGAAAAGAGUGUGGGCAAGCACAGCAGAGCGCACAGUGGUCAGCGCCGCGGCUCUGAUCCGCGGCUUUGAGAUGGAAGAGGAUGAGAUCGAGCUUGUGCAGAUUUACGAAGGCAAAGAAUCAGGAGCCGACAGCUUGACACCAUACAAGAGCUGCCCAGCGUACUCUUCGUCUCGCGGCUCUGAGCAGAGCCAAGCGUAUGCCAAACGCUACACUGCCCCGAUCCUCGCCCGCUUGCGUGCGCAGGCUCCUGCCUUCAACUGGACUUCCGACGAUGUGAUUGGCAUGCAAGAGUGGUGCGGCUAUGACACUGUCGUGCGCGGAAGUUCGCCAUUCUGCUCACUGGACCUGUUCAGCCCGGACGAGUGGCUUCAGUUCGAGUAUACACAGGACUUGAUGUAUCACCACAACACCGGCUACGGGAACCCUGCAUCUGGUGCCAUUGGCUUUCCAUGGUUGAACGCAACUGCGAACUUGCUCGCAUCGAACGACUCGGAAGACCAAGACAUCUACGUAUCCUUCACGCAUCGCGAGCUACCACCAACAGUCCUCGUCGCUAUGGGCCUGUUCAACAACUCUGCCAUGACUGGCGCCAACGAUGUGAACGCCACUAUGCCCACUACCCAGGUCAACUACCACCGCCAAUGGGUCAGCUCUUACAUCUUGCCAUUUUUGACAAACGUUGCCAUCGAGCAAAUGGACUGCUCGACAUCAUAUGGAUACGAGAAUGCGACUGAUCACACUUACUACCGCGUGCUGGUCAACCAGAGCCCACAGACUCUGCCUGGCUGCUUUGACGGACCGUCAGAAAGUUGUUCCGCUGCAGCUUUCGCAAAGUUCGUGCAAGCAAGGGGCGAAGAGGUUGGAGACUUCAGCUCUGUUUGCGGAGUCACGUAUGAUAACUCGACAGAUAUUAUGGCUUUCUACACCAACAGUACCCUGAAAGGCGAGACUGUUGGGAAGAAGUAG